AAAACAUAUCGAACCCCAGCAGUUCUUCCAAUACAUUCCCUUCCUAAGGAUAUACAGCAGCAGCAAGGACAGAAUCCUGGAUCCCGGAUUUUUUUUUUUUUUUUUUUUUUUGAAAUUUGGAGCUGAACAGCCAGCACUGGUUUAGCCUGAGAGGAUGGACCUUCGGGUGAUCAGCGUCGUUCUUCUGUCGCUGACCUUGGUGGAGGCAACUCCGGAUAGAUACCAUGCCAGACAAAUCGUCAAGGCGCCCUACCCAAAGAAGGGUCAUGUGCAGGCACCAGGUGCUCCCGGACCCCCGGGGGCACCAGGCGAACCUGGGCCACCUGGACCAUCCGGGCCUCCAGGCCAGAGCGGAUACGGAAAGCCAGGCUCCCAGGGGUCCCCUGGACCACCAGGACCUGCAGGAUUCUCCGCGGCUGGCAAACCAGGCACGCCAGGUGCCCCUGGGAAACCCGGAAGCAACGGCAUGCCUGGGGAGAGGGGUACACCAGGCACACCUGGAGCACAGGGUCCUAGAGGCACACCUGGCCCUCCUGGGAGUCCCGGACCUGCAGGGCUUUCUUCUGUCGGCAAACCCGGGCCACAAGGGUUUCCCGGACCAUCGGGGCUUAAAGGUGAGCCAGGCCUGAAGGGACACCCUGGAAUUCCUGGUCUACCAGGCCCAAAAGGAGAGAAGGGAUAUGGGAUUCCUGGAAGUUCAGGUCAGUCAGGUCCAGUGGGUCCUAGGGGUCCUUCUGGUCCACCAGGAAUUCCUGGGGUAGGGAAAUCAGGUCCAGCUGGAAUACCCGGGGAGCCUGGGAAGUCAGGCCUUCCAGGGAGAGAUGGGACUCCAGGACAAAUGGGAAAACCAGGGAUAAAGGGUCUUGAUGGGGUCCCUGGCGUAGGGAUUCCCGGAAAGCCAGGUCAGAAUGGUGCUCCAGGUAUGCCUGGCCCUGGAGGGGUUAAAGGCUCUCAGGGACCCCCCGGAAUACCCGGAGCUCCUGGUUUACCAGGAAUAGGAAAACCUGGAAUUCCUGGACAGCCAGGACAGAGGGGGGUUUCAGGCACCUCUGGUACCACUGGCCAAAAAGGAGAGCCAGGGCCAAUGGGGCACACUGGUUCACCUGGGGCUACUGGCUCUAUGGGGCCAGCUGGUCCUCAGGGAGCAAGAGGAUUACUGGGAGAGCCCGGGCUCCCGGGCCUGAAAGGAGACAUCGGUCCAAUGGGACCAGGCGGACCACAGGGAUAUAAGGGUGAGAAGGGAGUUCGAGGCUUAGACGGAAAAUCAGGAAUCCCAGGGGCACCAGGCCUAAUGGGUCCAAAGGGACCGGCUGGAAUACCAGGUUACAAAGGCGAAAUAGGCAUUCCAGGCUCAUCUGGAAGCCCGGGUGGACCAGGGCCAGCAGGGGCAAAGGGAAUUCCAGGGAGACCAGGAGAACCGGGACCAAUAGGGGAAAAUGGAAUUCCAGGAGCCAGAGGGCCAAUCGGACCCGUAGGUCCUCCAGGUGUACCUGGCCUUAAAGGUCACCCAGGUCCCCCUGGGUCCCCUGGCCCUUCAGGAAUGACAACUAAGGGAAUAGCUGGUCCUCAGGGGCCCCCUGGUUUUCCCGGGGCCAAGGGACAUGACGGUCUUCCGGGCCCAGUGGGACCUCCUGGCCCACCUGGUCCCCCUGGUGAGAUUGUAUAUGACAAAGGCAUGCCCAUUAAAUCGCAUGAGAUGAUGGGGCCUGCCCUGGUCAAGAUCCCAAUGUCCGCCUUCACUGCAGUGUUGACUAAGGCGUACCCUCCAGCUGGAGAACCUAUCCGCUUUGACCAAGUCGUAUAUAACGCUGAGCACCACUACGACCCCCACAGCGGAAUUUUCACCUGCCACAUCCCCGGCAUUUACUACUUCACCUAUCACUUGCAUGUUAAUGGGGCCAAUGCACUAGUGGGACUCUACCAAAACAGCCAGCCCGUCACAUUCACUUACGAUGAAUAUAACAAUGGCUUUCUGGACCAGAUGACCGGCAGCGCCGUCCUUCAGUUGCAUGAGCACGACACCGUUUUUGUUCAGGCACCUGACGAGGAGGCUAAUGGAAUCUUUGGUGCCGAAAACGUCCACUGCUCUUUCUCCGGCUUCCUCAUAGCUUCUACGUGAUUCGGAGCGUCGAAACGAGCGCACAACGUAAACUCCAGAACGACUGAAAGAAACACCGUCCCCCGUUUAUCUCUCAGCCUUCUUUCCGAAACAAAACAUAAGUAAUAAUUAAAGCAAGUUUUACUUUCUGAAUAUUUCAGAAAUGGAUGGUGAUAGAAAGAAAAUGAAUUCCCUACAAGAGAUCAGUAGAUAAAGUAGCAAAAUUUAUAAGGGAAAGGCGACAACUGAUCGGACCGAGAAAUUUUCUGAUUUUUUUACAUUUUAUUAUUUUGUUUUUUUACGUAUUGUUUCACUUCUUGCUGUACUUGCAUUAAUAUUGAGUUAAGAGUAAUUCAAAGAAUAAACACACAGUGCUUGCUUAUAAAAUAACAGCGGUUGAUUCUUGUUUUUCAGUGUCUGUCUGAAUAGUGUAAUGUUUGUCAUAUACAUUGAAUAAUUCUUGAAAAAGAAAACAAUAUUGUAUUGGAUUUGUCACAUUUAUAUAUGAAAUAUAGAAAUAGAUAAUCCGGUCAGGAAAAGUCCAAUAGAUGUUUUGUCAGUAACUUUGUUAUAUUGCUCAAGAUGCAUAAUGCUAUGUACAUCUUAUUGACCAAAAUAAUAAAAAAAUCUUACUCCCAA